AUGUCUAAAACUACUGAACUUCCGACCUUCAAAGAAAAAUUUCAAAUCCCCACCUUCAAAAGCUUGGGUAUUAAAGCUCCUGCUGGCUUGAGUGAUGAUUCACCCUCCGUUUAUCUCGCUGGUAACUCCCUAGGCCUUAUGCCUAAAGCCACUAGAAAGGCUCUCUCGGAUGAGCUCGAUGCUUGGGGAGCUCGUGGAGUCGAGGGUCAUUUCAAUCAUCCUGGUGAGAGUGAGGGUAAAACCUCCUGGGUUGAUAUUGAUCUUCCGCUUGUUCGCCCGUUGGCCAAUUUGGUUGGUGCUACUCCAAAGGAAGUUGCAGCCAUGGGCACUUUGACAUCUAACUUGAACGCCUUGCUUGUAUCAUUUUACAAGCCUCAAGGCAAAAAAACCAAGAUCAUGUUUGAGAAGAAUGCAUUUCCCUCUGACUACUAUGCUUUUCUCAACAUGGUCAAAUUGCAUGGCCUCGAUGAGACUCAUUUGGUGCAAUUGGAGGUUGCACCAGGCCAAAAGCACCUAGAUUUGGCCGAUAUCCUUGCUGCUAUAGAAACUCACAAGGAUGAGCUUGCAUUGAUUUGCUUCCCUGGAAUUCAAUACUACACUGGUCAAUUUUUCAACAUUGAAGAGAUCACUCAGGCCGGUCAGAAACAUGGUAUAGUCGUUGGAUGGGACUUGGCACAUGCCGUUGGCAACGUUCCAUUGAAACUUCAUGAUUGGAACGUGGACUUUGCAGUUUGGUGCUCCUAUAAGUAUCUCAAUUCGGGACCUGGCGGCAUUGCCGGUAUUUUUGUGCAUGAGCGUCAUACCAAGGACAAUUCUAAAGAUCGUUAUCCUCCAAGGCUUGCGGGCUGGUGGGGCAAUAACUCGGCCGAAAGAUUUAAAAUGCUUGAGCUUUUUGACCCAAUCAAUUCCGCACUCUCCUACCGUCAAUCCAACCCGCUGGUGAUAGACUGUGUUGCCUUGAAGACCUCGCUUGAUAUAUUCGAGGAAGCAGGUGGCAUUGAGGCCCUCAGAAAAACCAGUUUUGCAUUAACAGGCCAUUUGAGAAACCGCCUCGAAGACAGCAAGUACUACAUCAGUGAUUCCUCUGAUUCCAGUCUGCUUGGUUACAAGAUUCUUACUCCAGAGGAUGAAAAGGAAAGGGGCUGUCAAUUAUCCGUCCAUUUCCAACCUCACAAUGACAACAAGGAGUCAAACGUUAUGGAGAGGGUUAACGGAUACCUUCAUGAUCAUGGCAUCAUAUGUGACGAAAGACGUCCUGAUGUCAUCCGAAUCGCUCCAACGCCUUUAUACAACACCCUUUCGGAUGUGGAGGUGGUUGUUUCCAGAAUUCAAGAAGCUUUGAAUUCCCUUGAAUAG